AUGGAUGAUGCUGAAUUGAAUGCUAUUAGGCAGGCUCGUUUGGCCGAGCUACAAAAGAGCUCUGGCGGAGGAGGUCUGAGUCCCUCAUCGUCACAAAACCAGCAACAACAAGCUGCAGCCAAUGACAUGACAAGCGCCAUCUUGGGCAAGGUCUUGGAAACUGAAGCACGUGAGAGAUUGAGUAGAGUUAGAAUAGUGAGACCAGACAGAGCACAAGCGGUGGAAAACUACAUUUUUAAGCUAUAUUCCAUUGGACAAAUAAGACAGAAGUUGAGUGAGAAGGAUAUCGUUGAGAUACUCGACGGGUUGAGUAGAGAUACUCAACAAAAGCAACAGUCCAAGAUUGUUUACAAUAGAAAGCAAACCCUAGACGACGACGACGAUGAUGAUGAUGACGAUUUUUUUGACUAG